UGACGUGAUCCAGGGGUCUGAACCUGGACGUUGGUCGAGGCUGACUAUAAAAAGCAUGGGCUGAGCAUUCAGAGUAUUGAUUCCAGGACUAGACACAGCAAACUAAGAUGUUGGGGCUACUUCUGGUACUUCUGCUCCCAGGUUGCCUCCCCCCUGGUGUAGCCGGCGGUGACACUGAGUCCAUUCAGCCCAGAAACCUCGUGCAGUUCAGCAAUAUUAUUAAGUGCGCCCUACCAGCGCUCUGCCCACUUUCUGCCUUCUCGAACUACGGCUGUUACUGCGGGAUUGGUGGACAGGGGAAACCGGUGGAUGAGCUGGACAGGUGCUGUCAGACACACGACAAUUGUUAUGGCGCGGCUGAGAAAAUAGGCUGCAAAAGUGUCUUUGAUCCCAUACCUGUGUUCUACACGUUCACCUGUUCAGAUAAGACCGUGACUUGCGACAGUAAUAAUUAUAAAUGUGCGAAGUAUGCCUGUGAAUGUGAUCGCAAAGCGGCCGUUUGCUUCGCCAAAGCAUAUCCCACGUACAAAACCGAAUACUGGAAAAUGGGUCAAUCCAUUUGUAAAUAG